GUUGCUCGGGUUUGUCUGACAACAAGAUCACGUGACCCGAGGCUGACGUUAGCUUGUUACCAGCUAGCUGCUGUAGCGCCGAGCCUCUGGAGUUUACCAGGAAACGGUACGACUGACGGUGUCUUUAGCCACGCCAAGGCGAGAAAGCUGCCAGACGGGUGCAUUAAUAUUAGCCUCAUAAUUCACGUUUCGCUCCUUUUUGGUCCCGCAGCCGCCCGGUCCACACAGCGGGUUGAACGUUGUCCAAACGGCUGCGCGCAUCAAUAUUAAACAGCUGAGCAUGUGACUACGGACCAAGGUUUACAACACAUGCUCUGGACCAGUAUAGAAGGCCAAUAUCAAUUAGGGGCAGAUUAUUUUAAAGUGGUCAAUCAGGAGGAAUAGCAACAUGACAACAAAAACAUCCCUGCUGAAAGUCAUCUUGUUGGGCGAUGGAGGUGUAGGAAAAAGCUCCAUCAUGAAUCGUUAUGUGACCAAUAAGUUUGACGCACAUCUUUUCCACACCAUUGGUGUUGAGUUCCUUAACAAGGACCUGGAGGUAGAUCACCACCAGGUUACGCUACAGAUUUGGGACACUGCUGGCCAGGAGCGCUUCCGCAGCCUGAGGACUCCUUUCUACCGUGGCUCUGACUGCUGUCUGCUCACCUUCAGUGUAGAUGACAACCAGAGUUUUCUGAACCUAGGCAAUUGGAAGAAGGAGUUCAUCUACUACGCAGAUGUCAAGGAACCAGAGAAGUUCCCAUUUGUAGUCUUGGGCAACAAGGUAGAUGUGACAGAGAGGCAGGUGUCCACUGAGGAGGCUCAGCGGUGGUGCCAAGAGAAUGGUGACUACCCCUAUUAUGAGACCAGUGCCAAAGAUGCCACCAAUGUAGCUGUGGCCUUUGAGGAAGCAGUGCGUAGAGUGCUGGCUAUGGAUGAAAGAACAGACCACCUCAUCCCCACAGACACAGUGAAGCUCCACAGAAAGCCUCGCUCUGCUGUUGCUUGCUGUUCAUAACAUUCAGGGUUUAUCUAUAACAUUAAGUUGCUGUUAUGCCUGUUAUAUGACAGGGCUGUAGAUGUACAAUGCUGCAGUAACAUCUUAUUUAAACAAAUUGUGCUACUGGCUUUGUGAUUAGCUAUUGAAAGUUUGAUAAUUCUAACAGUUGGACUAAUGUUUGAAGGCAGCGAUGAAACACUAAAUCAUCCCAGUGUUAUUACCAGUAAACACAGAAACACUGAAUUGAGUUAGCUCUUCAACAGUCAGGGUAUGAAAAGAUAGUAAUUACAGAAAUACAUUGUGUUGCAUUAAAACUACCUGUGGGAAGUAACGUAUGUCAUGACAGAAGUGAGAUAAUCUGUUCAAACUGUUUUACUUCCCUCUAAAAUUUAGUAUUUUCAAGGUAAAUUAUCAUUUAAUAUGUUUAGGUAUGUGGUAAUUGGGAGUGUUUCUGAACAUCACUGCAGAAUGUCAAAGUGGUGACAUAUAUUUAUAUUUAGAAAAUCAUCAAUAAAAUAAUUUAUACAACAAAUUAACCUUAUUUCUUUUAAAGUAGCAAAGGCACUCCUAUAGUGUGAUUAAUAAAUUCAAGCUUGUUACUGAUUAAGGAUUGCACCUUUAGAACUUCUUCAUUCUCAUUCUGCAUAGUGAAUACAUAACGAUUAUGUGUUGGAAGUGCUAAGAGACAAGAUCCCUAACUGAAGAUGAAUAUUAAAGCAGGUUAACAUGCAUGACAUGUAGUGUAUUUAUGUUUUUGGAAACUUUACUAUUGUAUUUUGUAAAAUAUUUUUAAUUUAAAAAAAAAAACUUGAAUCAAACUAUAAUAUGUGGGAAAAGUGUUUUGCAGUAUGUAUCACUACUGCAUGAACACUUUUCCUCAUGUUUUAAACAAUAUUUGUGUUUUUAUUACUAAAUUGUUCAGUCUUUUCUCAUAGCUAUAUAUUAAACCGCCAGUUUACCUUAACUGAUCCUCAUUUACAUUCAAAACUGUACUACUGAAAUGACAAACUAAAUAAACUCUUUUGAAACGUGA